GGGAGCAAGCGGUCAGGGGCGGUGCUCCAGUCUGUUGUAGAUUUCCUAAUCGGGCAAUCCUCGCACUUUGGAGGGAGGCGGUCCCAUGGAGCUCUUUUCCCUCCAUCCCGACAGCUCUCCCAGCUCUUUCUUAUACUCCAGAGCCCUAUCACCAGAUUAUCUUUUUGCAGACAUCCGAAAAAAACAAACGCCUCCGCGGGUAGCAAUGGAAGAAGCCGAACCCUCAGACACCAGCUCGGUAUGCCCAGCCCUAGGCAGUGCCUAUUCUUCCAGUGAACCAUCACCCCGCAGCAGUCGAAGCUCGUCCGUCGACGGGCGCUGUGGCCGGGUCAGCGAGCAUCUCAACGACAACAAUGGCCCUUGGGACCACCUUCGGUGCAAUGAGAAACAAAGCUCCCUCGGGUUGCAGCGGCCAGACUCCAAGGAAUCCGCCGGUUCCGGUUCGCCCGUAAUUGCGGACGAGGCGGAACAGUUUCUCAGCCUUGGACAGGAUCCCCUGGCACUCCCGUGGGAGCUCUCACACGCUGACGCCCAAACACCCAUUGACAUUGACGUACUGCUCGCUCGACCCUAUGGAAGGACGGUGCCAGGCCAAAACCCGACGUUUCGCUCGCAAACGGGUGUCGUGAGCAGCCAACCGGAAAGGAAGAAGAAAAAGGCGCCCAGUUCAUCAUCUGAGGCGCCACCUUUACUUGUACCUGUACCACCCAGCGACAACAUUCCGGAUGUUUCUCCGCCAGCCCCGGCGCCGACUGGCGACUCCUUCGAAGUGUCGCACAUGUUGUCCUCGCAAUCCGAUGUCCCAGCAGCCGACUUAUUAUCCGGGCCGCUGUCGCACAAUCCCUCGUCUCCUACCCUCGGCGACUCUUAUCCCUGGAGCUCGGUGCACAGGAGGUCCCAGACCGGCUCCAUGUCAGAUGCCUUCCUGUCGCCUCCAAUGUUGGCACGGACGAGCGACUUUGGGGCGUCAUCCUUGAGGUCCGAAUCAAUCCAGACUCCGUCUGAUGCCCCCACCAGGCCCGCUGCGGCUCCUUUCGGCGAUUCCCACGAGUUUGCGGCACUCUUCCCUGGGGAAAUCCCCCAAACCGUCUAUUCGCCCUCACAAACCCCUUCAAUUCCUGACUGGAACCCCAUGGACAACUGCAUUAAUCCAAGCUGCCUCUGGAUUCAACCCCCCGCACAUACUCUCCCUAAGUGUAUUUGUCCAUUUUUCUCGCAAACCUCGGCAUUAAGGGAAUGCCCGGCCCAUCCAAAAGAUUGACGGUGGUUGUUGAGGUAUAGAGAGGCUAUCACCGACCUUGGUUUUUUUGGUUACAAAAAAAGAAGGGAUGAGUUAACUAUGGAGGUAUGCCCGGCGAGAGGAGUGGGGCCGUUGGUGAAUGUUGCCUCGCUCAAACGUCUCCAUUUCUUUGCCUUUUUCUUUUUAUCAUGGAUAGGGGCUGCAAUUUUGGGUUUUUGGGAACGAGCGAAAUGGUUAAGUAUGAACUUAUGAUGGACAGGUGGAAUUUGGACAAGACUGAAUCUCCCUACAUAUGAUGUAAAAUGCAUUAGGAGUUGGACAUAUUUUAGGUUACUUGCAAUGCC